AUGAACUUACCAGGAGUGUGGGCCGUCGUACGUGCGAUGGCACGCCCUGGCGUGAUUGUGCCGCACAUCCAGGUGAAUUCUCUCCGUCAGCUCGACUGGCGAAAAGUGUACAACAAUGGUGUACGGUACAUUGUGUACGACAAGGACAAUUGUUUGACUCGGCCCUAUGUGGACCAACUUGCGACGCCUCUUCAGGAAACAUGGGAUGAGUGCAAAGCCGUGUUUGGUGAUGACAACAUCUUGAUUGUGAGCAACUCGGCAGGCUCCAGCAAGGACCCUGACGCUUUGGCCGCCGAGAACGUCUCCUCGAAUCUCGGCGUGCCUGUCCUGUGCCAUCCUGUGAAGAAACCAGGCAAAGCAUGUGCGAAGCAGGUCGUCGACUAUAUCGCGACACUCGCCCUGCACAGCGCCGACCCUACCCUUCCGCCACAUAUUCUGGUCAUUGGUGAUCGCAUCACCACCGAUAUGGCCUUUGCUGACCAAAUUCAACGCCAGCUGACGUCGACAUACCCACACAUGACAGCAACGUGCACUAGCAUCCUCACGCGUGAGUUAUGGGGCGCUGAAAGCUUCGGGACACGAAUGAUGCGCGCUAUGGAGUACAGCAUUUUGCGGCGCCUCACACGCCUCGGCAUCCCGUCGGGCGGUGGUUGGUCGGAUCGCACGCCUUCUGCGCUGACCUUAGAGGCAUGGGAACGUACGUCCCCUGCCUCUGUACCUGCCCAGAUGGCUGCUAUGCCAGAACUGCCAGCACGUCGUACGAUCAUAGCUCGCAUCCUGUCUCAUCGUUGGAUUGCCCCCUGGGUAGCCAAAGCGCAGCGAAUCUGGCACGCCAUUGUGCGUGAGACAUUCGCGAGUGUACAGCAUAUCCGUGAGCUCACAUGGUCGGUAUUUACCGCUGCACCGACCAGGCAGUGGAAGUCGACAUGGCGUCGACCUUCUCCGUUGCCACGCCCAGGCUCCAGCUGGACACGGCGUAUGUCCACCUGUGCUGUACGUCGUGAGCCUAUGUCGCAUGAGAAACCCGUGCCACGCCGCUCAGCCCCUGCAGAACCCGGGCACACGCCUGCGACGUCGUCCCCGGUAUGGUUCGGCAUACCACGUAUUCGGUGGGUCCUUGCGCUGGUCACGCUGAUGAUUUUGCCGCUGGGAUUCUGGGGCGGUAUGAAGCUGAGUGAAUGGGUAGACCGACGUCGGGCUGGGAACCUGACACACGAAGGUGAGGGCUCGACGUCCUUGGCCACACAGCCUCCGUUCUCGCCUGCGCCUGCGCCUGCCAUCGCGCCAGUUCCGGACGAGGUAGACGCGGCGCCCACACGUGCUCAGAUCCAAAAGAAGCUAUCAAGCCUGGAGCUGGAGCACUUCCAUCUGCGCCGAGAACGCGAUGCGAUCCGCGAGAAACUCGCUCGCCUUGACGAGCGCCAAGCUUCUAGUGGCACGGCGCCUCCCUCAUAG